CUGUAGAUGUCCGCGCUGACGUUACCCGGCGGGACUACGUUUGAUUGAAGGCAGUCCUCGAACUGUUGACAACAACUAGUUGUCGUCAGGUUUAACACCCACACAGUGUGACAGAGCUUGAUCAAAGUCAGUCGAUUCAAAGUAUUGAGAACAAGUCACUGGUUAUCAUCAGUUUUGAACACGGCUGAAGUCGAAAGCGGUUGUCGAGCUUAAAGACGUCGAUGGUGUAUACUACCCGAACUGUUACCCGAGUGGAAUUCUACUGAAUUAAUUGAGAUGUAGCGUGCCUCUGUAAAUACGACGACAUGGCGGGCACAGCGGUCAGCGUGAAGAACAGACGGAAAGAGACAGGAUGCUGCAGCGUCACCUUCCUUCGCUCCGUUCUGGUCGUCUUCAAUGUGAUAUUUUGGCUGACAGGCCUGACAUUUCUGGGGUUAGGCAUUUGGGCACUGGCCAGUCGCCAUGACUACAUUGGGCUGCUUGGCAACAACACCUACUCAACUACCACUUUCCUGUUCCUGUCCGUGGGUGUGCUGAUCAUCUUGGUCGGUUUUAUGGGCUGCCUGGGGGCACUGCGCCAGAUCCGCUGUUGUCUGGUGUCCUUUGCCUUCUUGCUUCUCAUCAUUUUUAUUCUGGAGGCUGUCUCAGGUGUUUUGGCCUACCUGUAUGAGAACACGAUUCGAGAAGAACUGACUAGAAAUCUGAACAAAACCCUGACAGAGAACUAUUACUACAACCCAGGCAUAACGAAGAGUGCUGACAGCAUGCAGGAAGAUUUUCAGUGUUGUGGAGCACAGGAUUAUACCGACUGGCAGUACUCCAGGUGGCUAGGGUCAGAGAAAACAAACAACAAGGUUCCAGAUUCCUGCUGUAUUUCUCCAUCCAAAGGUUGUGGGGAAAACAGUCACCCUUCUAACAUUUACCGCAAGGGCUGCUGGCAACAGCUGGAGCAGUUUCUCAGGUCUCAUCUCAUAGUCAUUGGUGGUGUUGGGCUAGGCUUUUGCUGCCUGCAGGUAUUUGGCAUCGUAUUUGCUUGCUGUCUGGCUAGAAAAAUCAAGGUUUCUAAAGAAUUUAUAUGAAGAUAAUAACCUCCUAGGAAAGCUACCACCUCAUACUUGACUGAGGUCAAAGGUAAUGCUCACAGACAAGCCUGAACUCCAGGACCUACAGCUUCUGUGGUGAAGAACAACUGGACACAAAAUUGAAGCUGUUUUCUUGGCCUAGACAUUAGCACAGUACUUCGUUGUCUUGUUCUUCGCCCUUUAUCGUUGCUUCCUCAUUGUGAAGGUCAUGGAUGAUCUGACAACCUAACCUGGUCUCUCCAUUCAGACUCGAAAACUUUUCAUCAAAAAUUUUUUUUUUUCUAAAUGUGGAAGCUUUAUUUAAAGACACUUGUUGGUUCACCCCUUCCCCAAACCUAAUCGUUGGUUGCUUUAUUUCUUUAUGUUGUGGUUUUGGGUUGUUUGCCUUAUGCUUUUGUCUUGGCUUUUAAAGAUAAUUAUUGGGUAGCCAUUUUGCCCCACAAAAGUUACUUAAAAUAGGCUCAGCAUGAAAUGGAAUAUCCAUCUAAUGUUUACUUCCUCAUCAUUCUCGUGACAUAAUUAAAACAUCUUGAUAUGUAUUAUUUACCUGCGAUGUUACUAUGACAGCAAGUAGCAACAAUAUAGAUAUUGUUUACAUCACUUCAGUGUUGCGUUGGUCAACAGCUUCAUGCUUUAUAAAGGAUGUGUCUAGAAUUUGAAAAUCUUCAUGGAUAAGGGACAUAUGUCCUGUCAGCCAAACUUAUGAGUCACACUGGAUUGGUUUUAACUUUUUGCAUCUUUAAUAUUCAGGAAAGUUUUCAUUUUAAGAAGUGUAUUUUACUUUGAUAAAUAACGAUGAAGCCAUUACAAAGAGAAGAUUGUCAGUCAUUUGUGUUUUUUCUUUAAUUUGUUUUAAAAACAGAUUCUCACUUGCUGAGAUAAAUAGCUUUGGAUUCAUGUGCUGUGUGUUCGUGUUAAAAUGGUCUUGCUUUUUCAUGUGUUUUCCAAAGCAUGUAUUAGAAAUCGGCCAUUAGUAUCAAAAUUGUCACUAGGCUGAAUUAUUGUACCUAACAAGUAUUUAUUUAUUAAACUGUUGGUUGCAACAACUCAUUUUACACUGUGACUGAGUUGCCAAACUAGCUAUGGCUUUUUAUCCCUAGCCACUUGAAGGGUUUUUUUUUUUUUUUUUUAAGUUACAGGUUAUCAUUUUAAAUCAAGAACAUCGAACCUCUGGCAUAUUCCACUAGCACAUUUUUAUACAUAAUUUCUAAGAAACCUCCUUUAGUUUAAAAAAAAUGUGGAUAUGAAUGAGUAGAGUUAAUUAUUUGAUAAAAUGUGGUUGAAGUUAAAAAAUUUUAACAGAUCAAGCAAAGUUUUUCUUCAUGUAAUUAUCAUUGUUUGGAGUAAAAGAUGAGGAAAUAUUAGCUGUAGCUGCUCAGACAUAUCUAGUCGGUAUGAUUGUGUGUGUGUGAGAGAGAGAGAAACCGUGUUUAUGAUUUCAGAGUAGGCAGAGAGGAGGGAUUUUAACCUCAGAUGUAAAGUUGACUGUUUAGUUACGAGUGAAAAUCCACAAAUCACCAUGGUAUGCGAACUAUUUUGCGAGAUCUGUCAUUUUGGCUUUACUUACUUUUAUUUUUUCUCUUGUAGAAUUGAUGUCAGCAUAGUGGCAAACUGGCAAGGCUUUUUGAUGAUGCAAAUGAUGGAUGAUGGGGUUUUUUUUGGUUCUCCAUCUACAUCACUAGCUUAAAAAGGCUUGUGUAAAAAAUGAGUCACAUGUUGAUCCUAUUUUAUAAUUUUCAAGACACUAUUGCUGACCCUGUUAAGUAGCUUACAGCCUUGUCAGAUCACAUUUGCAGAGCUUUAGUAAAUCAUGUUCCAUAUCUUUAUACAGGGUGGGCUACUUAAGAGUAGCCAGCUCCUCCAAGCAUUUUAUAAGAUGUAGGCUGUUUUUAAAUAGUCCUUGCUGUACAUUUAUGGUAUUGUUCUGAACAAUGUUUACAAGUUUCAGAUCUCAUUGUUUACCAACUACAGUAGAGUUUACAAUUCUGUGAAAUUCUGGGCAUGAUUUACCAUUAUAAUGGCUUAAAUUUUACAUUAGUUGUAUGAUCUUACACUCACUGUUCAGUGACCAACAAGUAAGUCCACAGAGGGACCAAAGCUAUUAUUCGAGCUUUCCUGAAUUUUACUAUCUAGGUGAUUUUUUUUUUUAACCUUAAAAAUAACGUAAGCCUGUGAAUGUCACAACAAUCAACUAUUGCAUUACAAAUGAAGUGAAAGGAUGAGCAAAUGGCAUUAUUGUUUAUAGGAUGGCUGUCUCAGGAUUUCAUUUUACAUAAUUUUGUCUGGGUUUCUUCAAAACUUAAUUUUGAAAUAACCUACAACUGUUUUUUAAAAAGGAAUAUUUCUGUACACCAGAAGAGUGGAUGUUUUUAAAAAUUGUGUGUAUGUGCAAAGAUGGACUAAUCUUGACUAAGAGCUUAUCUUCAAGAAAGCUCACCGAUCCAUUACUACAUUGUAAAGAACUAUAUUCAUUGUUAAAUUUGAUAGUUCACAGGUUUUUGACUGUGUUUUUAUAAUGUGUGCAAAUCAUGCAGAGUUUAUUUUUUUUAAAAUAUGAGCAAAAUUUUGUAAAGAAUAUUUUUCACUUUGCUGAGAAUUUGAAUCAGUCUAUUAGUUUGUGUUCCUGUGAAUAUCAUGAUUGCUUAGGCAUAAUGCUAUAGUGCAUUGUAAGUAGAAAAUAAUUUUAUAUUCUUUUUGGCCUUCAACAGACCAUGUUACAUAAAAUUUGCAGUCAUAAAUUACUCUAAAUCAUUUUAACAAUGUUCCGUUAGUUUUAACUCUGUUAUGUAAUAUUGUAAAUUAGUAACAAGAAAAGUUUAUAAUUUGUUUGUGAUGUUUGGCAGAAUGUUUAUUGUUAUUCUUACACUGAUUAAGCACAAGCCUUUGUGAAUUUCCUGCUGUGUAGUGUUCCAUGUUUUAGGACCUGCUCUUUCUAAGGUUUUCAAGAAAUGAGAUUGUCAUGACAACAAUUUUACAAUUGAAAUACAGAAAACAGAAUAUUCUGAAAAAA